AUGCCGAUCGAGACGCCCUUCUCAAGCUGCGUGGCACUGGUCGUCAAGUCUGCGACCAAGUGGACCACAUUCUCGCCCACCAUGGCCUCCGCCUCCAACGCAUACUCGGGAGGAGACGCGUCUGUCGCCCAUAACACCGACAACAAACCGCCUCGUGACAACCUUUCCCGCAUCAAGGUCCUGGACGUCCCCGAUGGGCCGGUGCUGAUUGCCCUGAUGGAUAACAACUUCCCCCGUAUGCCCAACCUCGAAACUGCGCGAUACUACUCCGAGGCCAUGUACUCUCUCCACUACCUCGAUAUGGAUGAGUCUGUUUCCACUGGUGCCACGAAUCUCAUCGUCUUCGUCGACUGUACCAGAGAACAGGAAUGCAUCUGGUUCAAAAGUUGCCCCGAUGGAGAACAUCCUAUCUGGGUACCAAAGCAGACUCGUCGACUUGUUCUCAACCUUCGCUACAAUACCAAGGAGAUGUUGUUAUUCGACGCCGCCCUCUUCAUUGCCGAACGCCCGGAACUCCAGGAGAUCGUCUUUACUGUCACUACCACCUCUCUUUGGAGCCCUGCGAAGGCCAAAGACUUCGCCUGGCGCCUGUGUGACACAUUCUCGAGCGAUAUCCUUCGGCACUCGGUCGCGUGCACGAUUGUUGGCGUGCCAGACGUAAUCGGCACAGCUGACGACAACCCCGACGCUGCCAGGACUGCAAUCAAGAAUGCCAUCCGGACCAACCUCGAAAAGGAUAAAGGGUGGGGGAGGCGUCGUAUGAAGCGCGAAGGUCCACGUCUCGACAUCGAGGCAGCCAUGGCCAACGUGCACUUCUACACCCUCGAAGAGUACGCUUCCAUGAUCUCUCCCGAGCAGUUCAGGCUCGAAACGGUUCAGUGA